AUGAGCAGAAGAGAGCUGGCACAGGAGCUGGAAGCGAAGUGGGCACUGGUGCUUGCAGAGAAGCGGGCACUGGAGCUUGCAGAGAAGUGGGCACUGGAGCUGGAAGCGAAGUGGGCACUGGUGCUUGCAGAGAAGCGGGCACUGGAGCUUGCAGAGAAGUGGGCACUGGAGCUG